AUGGCGAAGCUCCUGCGUGCGUACGAGGUCCUCUCCGACGAGCGCAAAAGAGAGCUCUACGAUCAAACCGGCGUCAUCCCGGGCGACCCGCUCAACCCCCGAGGCUACUCCGUGGAUGAGAUCUUCGACCACUUCCACCAACCCGCGCCGAUCUUCUCCAAAAGCCCGACGCUGGAGUCGGUGCAGCUGCUCGAGCGCAUCCUCGCCUUCCGCGGCGACCGCUUGUUUCUCUUUCAGGUCUACGACGACGGCUGCAAGGCGUGCCGGACCCUCGCCCCGGUCUGGGAGUCGUUCCAACUCAGCGCGGUCGUGGAGGCGGGGAUGGUGGAGAUGUAUCGCCUCGACGCGGCCUCCGCCGAGGGCGCCACGCUGCUCGCGCGGCUUCGGAUGAAGUACCGUGGCUCGCCGAUCGUCUUCUCGUACGUGGAUGGGGCGCGGUGGGACUUCCACGGUCUCAAGGCCGGGCUCCACUCGGGUAGUCAAAGUGAGCUGCAUCGGCGGUUUCAAGAUUUCGUGAUCGGUUUCUUCCACGCGGCGACGUCCAAGAUCCGCGAGAUCGGGGAUAACGACACGAACGGGCUGCUGGGCUUUCUGAGUGAGCCGCGCUCGGCGGAGCGGCCGAUGCGGGUGCUCCUCCCACGGUAUCUUUCCUCGGAGCUCAUCCCGCUCGCGCUGGGGGGGCGCUAUCCGGGGGUUGAAAUUUGCCGGACCCCAUACAAGUUGAUCGCGCGUCUGGUGCAGCACUGCGGGUUGGAGGUCGACGUGCGGAACCGCCUCGGCGAGGAGGUGGCGGUCCCCGCGUUGAUGGUCCUCUCGACGGCGGCGUUGCCGCUGCAGGGGAACCGGAGUGAUUCGCUCGCGGAGCUGGCGAGCUGCGACGGCGUCCACGUCGGGGCGUCCGUCGCGCUGACGUUCGAAAAGGCCUCCAGUUUCGUGAAGUCUUUCACCCCGCCGCGGCAUGCCGGGAUGGGCGAUGUGCCCUACCUCGAUUCGAUGAGCUUUUACGAGGUGUGCAAGACAAACUGCAUGGUGUGGAUUCGACGGAGCUGCUCGACGGAGCCCCAUCGGCCCACGGCGGAUCCGGACGUGCCAACAAUGGUGGAGCUACUCAAGCGCGAUUAUUACUCCUUCAAAACCGGUUACCUCUGUGCGGACGAGCACCCCCAGCUGUUGGGGCGCUUUCCGGAGCUCGAGAGCUCGCGCGGGCCGGUUCUUUUUGCGCUUUUAGACAGCGACGACGCCGUGCCGUGGUGGCUUUCGGGGCUUUCCGAAACCCCUGCGCGGGAGCUCACCGCGGCGGAUGUCGACCGCGCCCUCUCCGCGCUGCUGAGUGGGGGCGAGGAAGGGCCGCGGGGGGCCGUCGCGAGGGCUGGACCGCGCCUCGCCUCGCUUCUCUCACCCACGCGCUUCACGAUCUCGACGACGCGCGCCUACCUCCACAUGCUCGCGGGCUUUGAUGAGACGAUCGGGUCUCUUAUCAAGAACUUCAUGCCCUUCUUGCUGAUGUAUAUCGUGCAUACGUGGGUAUGGAAUCCGAUGAACGAUCGGGAGGCGGCUGCGGCGAGGGCCCCCCGCGGUGGUGAGCGUCCGGCGGCUAGUGGGGAGAGGAGGGAGAGGAGUUCCAACCGCAUUCCGGCCUUUUCCACUGCGGACUUGACGGAUGCAAGGGGAGGGAGGGGCUUUCUGAUUCUCCUCCUCGACGAGCGCGCAGAUCCGGGCGGGGCGAUGUCGCCCUCGCACCUGGCGUCGGAUGCGCGCUUCACCCUGCGCGUUGUCGGCCCCGACCACAUGGAGUGGCGGCAGUGGAUGAGGGAGACGCCGGAGGGGGAGGAUCGCAGCGAAGCGAACGGGGUGGAUCCCGGGUUGACGGUUUUGGCAAUUCGAAAGUCGAAAAUGAAGGCGGCGAGGAAGCCUCGCGGGCAGAGCCUCGACUCUUUUCUUGGAGAUUUACUUGAUGGAAGUCUCUCUCCAAGUGAGAAUCUCCCCAGCUGGGCGUUUCAAUAG